CUCAAAAUCUAUCUAUCUGAUCGAACCGACACUGGCUUCGCCCUACCUAUCACGUUCUUGCUCGUACGUUUCAUACUUGCGUGAUCCCAUGUGUACUGGACAUUAGAACAAUUCUCGGCCCGGUGCCUAUUCUUCGCGCGCCAGCGCCCUCCUGGCUCAUCCCGAUUUAGCAACUGAGCUGCCUAAUGCGGCAGCCCCUUGCUAUUGUGACUUUCAGGAGAGACCGGCAUGGGUGUUCUUCGCUCCAACCCGGGCUUGUCUGGUCCCUAUAUCGGUGCCCAGUUCCUCGCUUUCUUCUGCCCUCCCACCCUCCUCAUGUCCCUCACCCGCAUUCCAUUCCCGCCGCCGGGCCUCGGGCCAGAGCCGCCCAGGUCCCCGCGUCGACUCCGCGCGAGCUUCUCACUGGCUGUCAUCCCGGAGAUCCCUGUUACAGAGGAGGCGGAAUACGACAAUUGUGCGGUGCUGAGUCCGCGCAGUCCGCUCUCUACUGUUUCUGAACGAGGGGAGGACGAGGAUGUCCCAGACUCGCCGCAGAGCGUCAAGUUCGUUUUUAUUAUCCCAGGAUACGUCGGAGGGAUUCACCACGUCCUCAGCUUCGCAUCGGGCACACUCAACGGUCGAGUCGACAGCAUAGAAUUGUUUUGCGAGAGCCUCACGAAGCGGGUAAACGGUCUCAAGCAGCAGCUGGACGAGAUGCGCAUCGAUGUAGUCGGGCUGGAGGGGACAAUCCAAGGGAUAGAGAAGUCCAGAGCGGGAUCCCCUCCCCACUAA